GCGGAGUGCACCCCGUCCACUUCCUCGCAUUCCUUCUCCGCAAACGAGUCCCUUGUGCUAAAUUGUGUUUAAAACUUGUUUUGACGCACUCUGUGUCUUUUAAUACGUAAGAUGUGGCUGUUAGUGGUGCAUUGUAAUAUUUUCUCGACUUAACAUUUACAUUUGAGACUAUUUUGGAAAACUGGAGAUAAACUGACAAGGGAAAAUUCCUCCGCGCAGCGCGCCAUUGACUGUAAAGACCUUUCAACUUAACAAAAACUGAAGUUGACAAACGUAUCCUCACGUUGAAACUUUGUGAUAAGGGUGUAUGUUUUCGAAGAUGAAGAUCAUGCACUGCUCCGAGAUUUCCAAGCACACUGGCGGUUCAGCAAACAGGCGACGAUUCCUGGAUUGAGCCUGCGUUUUGUUAUGAUUUCCAAGUGAAAUGCAAUUACUGCUAUCUCUCACUCGGUAGUCGGCUUGCGGACUAGUGCGCUCUUUCUCUGAACUUGUUCCUCGCCUCUGGAGCAAACCAUGGAUCACUAUGAGGAAGAUUUGGGACUCCGGGCGAGUAAAUUAAUGGAGGACCUUUCCUUAUAUGAAGCAUACAAGGAUGGGAUGUACAGUUCAAGGAGGGACAUGGUUAUCAACCCCGAUUUGGAUUUUUCGUCUCCAACGAUACCCGAGCAGAAAAGUAAGACAAUGAAUGGCAACUCUGCGCCUCACCAACAGAUACACACCGUUGAGAAUUACAUGUCUGGGAAUAAAGUGUACACUGCGGCUCCCGUGCGCCCCGUGAAUGGCAACAGAGCCGUUCCUGUGGAUUAUUGCACCCCUCAAAGAGACAUAGUUUAUCCUAAUGAAGAUAGCUAUUGCACCAAAUCCGAAAUUGCUUUGCCGUGUUAUAGCGGCGCGUCCGAGCGGCACAGGAGGUACUCCUUGGAGGUGCAGGGGCAUAGGUACAGCACUUGUAGCGCGUACGAUGGAGUGGUUUUGAACAAGCCAGUACCGCCACCUGGCAACAGAUGCAACAGUAUCUGUGUUACCACCAACCACGACGGCAGAUACAAUGCAACCAGCCCGCGGUCCAGUUUCGCAUCCUCCCUCUCCUCCCAGGAGCAAAGCAAACAUGCAAGCCCGAGGUCGAGCAUCAGUAGCCCGCGCACGAGUCUGGUGGUACCCGGGCUAGACAAGUACACGAGUCCCAGGUCCAGUCUGGUACACUGUGAAGGGAGCAGUGUCCUCAGCCCCCGGUCUAGCUAUGCAAGUACAGCCAGCGACACAAGUAAACAUUCCAGCCCAAGGGCCAGUCUGAACAGCUAUGACUGCUGCAGUAAGCCCAGCAGUAACCGCACCAGCGGCAUCAGUAUGGGCUACGACCAAAGGCACAUCAGCCCCAGGUCCAGCACAGCGAGCCAGUAUUCUUGUACCACCAGUCCACGCUCUAGCUAUUCUGAUUCGCGUUACAUGCCUGUGGGGAACCAUGAUCUGGAGGGUGCGGUUUUGCAUGGCAUGCCGUUGGCUAGUCCUCGGUCAAGCAUCUGCAGCCAGGACGGGUGCGCAAGACCCGGGACAAUAGCUAACUGCGUCGUUAGUCCCCGGUCCAGUAUCUCCAGUCACAGUUCCAGAAGUUCCAGGAGCUCCAGGGGAUCUAUGAGCACCUACCCGGAUCUCCAACUGCCUUCACCCAGGUCCUCAAUGCUGGGGACUGGUUUGCAGGAGGACAUACUAACUCACGAUUGUGGAGAUACCAACGGUGUCCAUAAUCGUAUCCAUCUCCAAGCGCUCUCGGGGAUGCCAGAAGCCCAGCCACAGCAUGCACCACAACAGUCAACCCAGGCAGGGAUGAAUACAGAGGUGACCGCUGGAUCACCAUCAUCUUCUUAUGGGCUCCAUACGAAAACUCCAGCCUCAGGGCAGAGGUUUAAACUACCUUACCAGGUGACCCCAUGCCGGGAAAGUGGCCCAAGCCAAGCAGAAAGGAGUCUGGAAGCACUCACCUUAGAGCUGGAGAAGGAGUUAGAAAUGCACAUGAAAAAAGAAUACUUUGGUAUCUGUAUCAAGUGUGGGAAGGGUGUGUAUGGGGCCAGCCAAGCCUGUCAGGCCAUGGGGAAUCUGUACCAUACCAACUGCUUCACCUGUUGCUCCUGUGGAAGGAGGCUGAGAGGGAAAGCUUUCUACAAUGUCAACGGCAGGGUCUACUGUGAAGAGGACUUCCUGUACUCUGGUUUUCAGCAGACGGCAGAGAAGUGCUUUGUGUGUGGUCACCUCAUCAUGGAAAUGAUCCUGCAGGCACUGGGCAAGUCCUACCACCCUGGCUGCUUCCGCUGUGUGGUCUGUACAGAGGGUCUGGACGGAGUGCCUUUCACUGUGGACGUGGAGAACAACAUCUACUGUGUCAAAGACUACCACACGGUCUUUGCCCCAAAAUGUGCCUCAUGCAACCAGCCCAUCCUCCCUGCUCAGGGCUCUGAGGAGACCAUCCGGGUGGUGUCCAUGGACAAGGACUACCAUGUGGAGUGCUAUCACUGCGAGGACUGUGGCCUCCAGCUAAACGACGAGGAGGGUCACCGCUGUUACCCCCUGGAGGGCCACCUGCUCUGUCACGGCUGCCACAUCCGCAGGCUCAAGGUCCCGGGGCCCGCCCACCCGCCCCCCAGCUACCCACUUCACGUCACUGAGCUGUGAGAGAGCAGGGGCGGCGAGGAUCAAACCCCAGCCAACCCCAAGCCACCGCUGACCCGCCUCCCAGGUGACUUGAGACAACAUAGCAUAAAGAAGAAGGAAUACCCCGCCCACGGAAUCCCGGAACUUCGGAACCUCUUCUUGCAUGACAGAACAGAACAGAGAGAUCCUGGGAGUCUUCGCUCUCUACUGGCCGGCCGUGCCCUGGGGAGAGGAGAUAGAUACGAGGCCAUGGACAAGUCACAAGACCGGGCUGGGAGAGAGUCCACGUCCCUCUCUCUCUCUCUUCCAUCAGUUUUUUUCUCCCUCCUUCCUCCUUUUGGUCUGUGAACAGUGAAGCGGGCUGAGGCCCCAGCCCACCCAGAGGCCCUGGCUGACGUCAGCACCGUGACCCCUGCACAUUCAUCACAGUGGGGCCUGGCCUGGAUGGAGGGAGGAGGCCACUCUCUCUCUAUCCCUCUCUCCAUCGCUCUCUCUUUUUUCCUCUCCUUC